CAAUUAAGGAAAUCAAAAUAGAUAACAUUGAUUUCGUAUGAUAGUUCGUCCCUGCACGAAUGUGCCAUUAGGGCGAAACAAGAUAACUUCUUGCUGUGAUUCAAAAAGUAUCACAAAUAGAAGAUCACCAAGACCGAUUAAUGUAUUUUUCCUUUGAAUAUGUUUUCUUAAAGUGAAUGUACUUUGUCUUCAAUGUGUUUUUAAAUGAAUGUAUACUUUGUUACUGAAUGUAUAGUGCUGAAGAUGUCAAUAAAGACGAGAAAGCAUCUGAAGAAGAGAAAAAGGCUGAACCAACUCCGAUGGUCUCCUAUAAAGAUUUGGUAAGAAAUGUACUUAUUUAUUUAUUAAAGAACAACCCAUCCGUUUGAGUAUCGAAUAGUUUGGGAACACGGUUUUGCAUUUUCGAAUGGGUGUUUCAUAAUAAGCUCUCCGGCAUGCGUUAAUAUUUAUCACAUAUAGUCUAGAGUGCAAACUGUUGGCUAUCAAUGUAGUGCACCUAUCAAUGAAAUUGAAAUUUUGGGUAAAAUUCCGUGGGUGGGGAGACGAAUUAAUAAUAAUAAUAAUAAUAAUAAAACGAAUAUCAAUCAAAUGUAUCAAAAAGUCCCGCGCCUAAACUAUGCAAACAACUGUUUAAUUUAGUAUUUUAAGAAAUUUAUUUGAGCUUAUCUUUAGUUGCUUCUUAUACAUGCGCAUCGUGGUUCUUAUUACGGACUCAAGAUUUCUAUGAGAUGAUACUGAGUUGAUGAGGGUGAAGCCUGAAGUCGAGAGCGAGUAAUCUAGUUGUUUUAGUACAACGGUUUUCAACUGGUUUUCUCAUGUGUCCCCGAUUUCACAUGAUUGAAUUACCACGUCCACUGAACAGAAAUUGCCCACUGAAGUCUAUCAAAAACACGAAUUUCGAAAUAGUAAAAUAGUAAAUGAUUUAAAUUUUAAAUAAUAGAUAGAAAGUCAAGCAAACAUGUUUAUAGUACAAACUAUUGUAUUCAACUAUUGUAUUCAACUAUUGUUUUCUCAGUCCUAGACCAGUUUGUGUCCCCUAGGAAUUUGCCAAAUGUCCCCUGUCCCCCAAGUUGAAAACCGUUUUAGUAGAAUCAGAAAUCAAACAUAAAAUAUUCCACAAAAUAAAUUCAAUAAUUGAACAAAAACCGUGUGUUGGAAGCCAUUUUUAAAAAAAAUGCGCCAGGAAAAUUAUUGUGUUUUGCUACUCGCUAUCUGUUGAGGAAUAGUAUGAUUCUACUAGUAUGAUUCUACUAAAAAUAUUUUUCACGUAUACUUGUGCCUUUAUCAAGGUGAUAACAGGGAUUUACAUUGAUAGGUGCUCAAGUCCUUUAAUUUAAAAAAAGAAUUGUGCCUUUAUAUGGUUCAUAUUCCAUGCAUGUAUAUACAUGCACGAAAAGAAGAAGACUUGUAAUUGCUGAACCGAUCCUCUUCUUCUUUUCUUCCCGACGCCGAGAAUGACAGUGGACAUACACGAUGUUUAAACUGAUACGAAGAACACCGUUUUGAUAAUUGCGUCACAAAUCCUUCUAAAUCGUACAUGAGCGAAAAGCCUUUUGUCUUGAUUCAUGUGAGCGAGGCUCCCAGGCCAAGGAAUUAUCAAAAGGGUGGAUUAGGACAGUGAGAGAUAAUGAAUAUACAGACGGUAAAACUAUCAAUUUCUUUUUUCUUUACAGUUUCGUUUCGCUGACCGAUUUGAUGAAAUGUUGAUGAUCAUUGGUACCUUCGGAGCCUUAGGUCAAGGAGCAUUGCUUCCAGCUCAGUUUAUUAUCUUUGGUGAUCUCUCAGAUUCUUUCAUUGACUAUACACAAUGUUUACAUCCACUCUCAAACUGCACAAGUAUUCCUAAUAUUGAGGAAGAAAUGAAACCUUUUGCUUAUUAUUACAUUGCUAUUGCUGUUGCCAUGGCGGUAGCUGUAGCUAUACGGAUGGUCGCUUGGGGUUUGACUGCCGAACGUCAGGUCCAUUCAAUGCGCAAAGCUUUUUUUAAAUCCAUUCUUCGUCAAGAAAUGGCUUGGUUUGACACAAACGAUGCUGGCGAACUCAACAGUCGCUUAUCUGAGUAUGUAGUGAUGUUCUUUUAUUUACCUCGGGAAACAAAUCCAUUCAAAAGUCAAAAUAGAAGCCUUCUCCAACACAGUAUUUUGCACAAUAAAUAAUUCUAUGUUUUGUUUAUAUUUUGCAGUGAUUUGAACAAAAUUGCAGACGGAAUUGGUCAUAAGUUUGCUUCGUUUCAAUACUGCAUCGCAGGUUUCAUUUGUGGAUAUAUUCUUGGAUUUUUCUAUGGAUGGAUACUUACACUUGUUAUCUUAUCCCUUUUCCCGGUUAUUGCUCUAUCAGGAGGAUUUCUUGGAUGGGUAAGGAGGUUAACAGUAUAUAAAACUGCAUUGAGGAAGACCUUGUACGCCAUUGUGUACUGUACAGAUUAACUCGGCAUGAAUGCAGAGGGAACCAUGGAGCGACGCUACCUCUAUAGUCUAAAGGCUGUUUCCCACUUCCACCGGUGAGCAUGCGCAGCUUAAAGAUGGGUUUUCAAAUUUACGUAGGCUACUUCCAGUUGAUUCGCGUAUCAAAAUAAAAAUUAAGAACUCUGGAGUUGUAAGUCAACUCCAAAACCAUGUGGAGGGAGUUGAUUUAACUACUAUCUAGUAUACCUGGAGUAAAAGAUAUACUAGAUGAUGGUAUCAUCUAAAAAUAAGGCUAAAGUUGCUAUAGAGCCAAAUGCAAAGGCUAUUUCGACAGAAUAUGCCUGAGAAAAUGUCUCACACAAGUUGGAGUCUUCUACUAUAUGUAAUAAAUAACAAUGAUAGUUCUCGAUAUUUGGGAAAUAUUUGAUAAACCUGCAUGAAGACAUCGCCAAAUUCUCUAUCAAAAUACACCCUUCCGAAAAGUACGUCCCUUUGGCCAUAGUGCCUCAUUUUCGUGCACGCGACAUUGGAGCAUAAACGUGUCAAUCACGAGAACGAGGCUCUUUGGCCAUGAUGACGUAUUUUCCUGAAGCGUGUAUUGGCAAAACCUAAAAUAGCGCUGUAUUAAGAGUAGGGGUUUUACUGCAAAGAAAGAUGACGAAUGAACUGUGUAUUUCAAGGUAAUAACAGGUUUUACAACAAAAGAAUUGAAAGCUUAUUCUGAAGCAGGUAGCGUUGCCCAGGAAGUUCUCUCAUCGUUCAGAACUGUUGCAGCAUUUGGUGGCGAAGAAAAAGAAACUGAAAGGUACUGAAUGUUAGGAUUAAACUGAAAAUGUUAAGAAAAAUAAGUUGGUGUCUAUAUGGCCUCAGUCGUUGGGUUCUACUUCAAUCUCAGCGCAAGACAAUCACGACUUACAAAACGCUUUUGAAAUUUUUACAAUGGGUUAAUUAUUUGACCGUCCAGUAUAUAAGAUGACAAAAAUUUCCUGCGACAAUAUUUUGUAAAACAUUUCCUGGCAGUGAUGCUGGCGCUGCCGGUCAUUUUCCAGCACUGAUAUUCUCAUUUGAAAUGUUUUUAACAUAGGUAUAGUUCUCGUCUGGGCGCGGCCCGUAAAAUGGGCGAGAGAAAAGGAUUAGCGAAUGGACUUGGUAUGGGGGUGUUCAAUUUCAUCAUGUUUUGUUCUUACGCAUUGGCGUUUUGGUGGGUCAUGAUUUUAUAUUUUUUUUUCAUUUUGAUUUUGAACUUUCUUAUGUGUAUAGUGAGUGUGAAAAAUCGACAGGUUACAAAUAAUGUUGUGUUUAUAUAAAUAUAGGUAUGGAGCUAAGCUGGUCAUCGAUAAAGAAAUGACUGGUGGGAAUCUGUUGAUUGUAAGUCUACAAGUUCCUUUAAUUUUAGGUUUGCAUGGCAAAAGAUAUAAUUGUUUUGUGGAAAACGCCAUGUUUAUUAUAUUUGGUGAAGAUCUGCAAGCCUGGAUGUUCAUCAUGAUUUGUUCUCAGAUAAUGCACAGUUUUUCGGAACAGUUUCUCCAUUUGAUAAAAGCUUCCGUGUUCAUAAAAUUGCAUCGUAUUUUACAAAACCUCUCUCCAGUUAGAGGAGAUCUUCUGAAAAUCUGUGUACCGACCCUUUUCGGUGAUUAAUAGUUUCGCGGUUUCAUUUAGUUUUGAUCACUAGACCAUAUGCCAGAUGCUAUAUUAUUUAUAAAAUAUAAUAUCAGUUGCGGUUAUUAUAUGUGCACACAAAGAGAAAUUAUAUCUAAUAUUUCAGGUGUUCUUUACUGUAAUGGUUGGAUCUAUUCUUGCUGGUCAAGGUGGACCCAGUAUGCAAGGAAUUGCGUCAGCAAGAGGUGCGGCUUACCAUGUCUACGAGCUGAUUGAUCGUGUAAGUAUAAUGUCAGGAAUACGCAAGUGUUCUCAAACAUCGCUCUCUGAAAUUAUAAUUCUUUCCCUGACUACUCUCCAGUGAUGCUAUAACCCUCAAUUUAGCCAAUUGCAUAUGGAUGCACGUUAACCUUAUUUAAAAAACAAGCAGUUGGUUCAUGUUGAUCUAAAUUUUAUCCAAACUAGAUCAAGUUAGCUCUGACUAUAGGCUUAAAAUAUCUUCAUGUCAAAAGUAAGAUAGCAUUAGGUUAUUACUUAUUUAAAGAGAUAUGUAUAAUGUAAAUUAUACGGAUGUAUAUGUUAUUUUUAUCUAGACACCUGCUAUUGAUAUUUCAUCUGAAGAUGGUGUAGCUCCUGAACUGUUAGAAGGGAAUGUUGACUUCGAGGAUAUUUCAUUUACUUACCCUUCACGACCUGACAUUCAGGUAAGAGACCGAACCCAACAUCUCGUGCAAGUCGUUUGUUUGCCUUUCAUACAAGCGUAUAGAAAUUGCAUUAAAAAUUCGCUAGAACACACUUUGAGACCGUGAUAAACUAAAAGGUUAUAAAAAAGCAUGUACGUUAUAUGAUUCUAACAUCAAGAAUGACUUGUACGAACAUGACUAUAUUUUGACAACGUUUUGGUCAACAUGAUGACCGAAAACAUACACAAUCAUCAUACGCGGACAUCAAGCAUACAUCAUUUGAUAUGGUCAAAAGUUGUAAAAGUCAGAGAAAUGUUGUUGAGCUUCGAGUGUUACGGAUUAUUACGAGGUACAGUCCAACCACAUCUCAUGUUCAACCACCUUAAGUUUGUUGCAUUGUAAGACUGAUAACGCGCUCUAUACUGGUGUUACCCUAUCUUGUGUAAGGUUUUCUAUUAUUCUUCUCUGGCUAUAAGUUGAUACAAUCCUCAUCGGAUGCCCAUUAUCAUGUACUUUUGAUCAUAGUAAUGUGGUAUAAUUCCAAAUUUACUGAAGAAUGAAUUUAAAUUGGCACGAAUGUAAGUAUAAUUAGUGAUCGACAUAGGUAUAGUUAUACUAUUAAAUAAUGACUCAUUCCCGAUAAAUAAUUUGUUUUAGAUUCUGAAUGGGUUUACUCUGUCAGUGCCUAAAGGAAAAAGAGUUGCUCUUGUUGGUGAAAGUGGUUGUGGUAAAAGUACCGUGGUUAAACUGAUUCAAAGGUUUUAUGAUAUUGCCGAAGGCAAUCUGGUAAGAAUCUUACAUUCAAUCAGAAAAUAUCGUACGUAAAAUACUUUAGGCAUUUGCACUUUGGAAAAUGAAAUUGCUGGAAAAGGCAGAGAAAUGUUCAAAUGUAGAAAUUCGUUUGCACAAAUAGUUACGGGAACCACUGAGUAUUUUUAUAAAAUACAAAAGAACAGUAACUCCGAAUAACAUUUUGUAGCUUUAAUGAAUCUACCUUUCGACUAUAUUUUAGUCAUAAAUAUAGUCGAAAUGACGUCGUCAGGGCGAUGACUAAAAUAUAGUCGAAAUGACAUCGUCAGGAUGAUGACUAAAAUAUAGUCGAAAUGAUGUCGUCAAGAUGAUGACUAAAAUAUAGUCGAAAUGACGAUCGUCAGGAUGAUGACUAAAAGAUAGUCGGAAAUGACGUCGUCAAGAUGAUGACUAAAAUAUAGUCGAAAUGACGUCAGGAUGAUGACUAAAAUAUAGUCGAAAUGACGUCGUCAGGAUGAUGACUAAAAUAUAGUCGAAAUGACGUCAGGAUGAUGACUAAAAUAUAGUCGAAAUGACGACAGGAUGAUGACUAAAAUAUAAUCGAAAUGACGUCAGGAUGAUGACUAAAAUAUAGUCGAAAUCAUGACGUCGUCAGGAUGAUGACUAAAAUAUAGUCGGAAAUGACGUCGUCAAGAUGAUGACUAAAAUAUAGUCGAAAUGACGUCAGGAUGAUGACUAAAAUAUAGUCGAAAUCAUGACGAUCGUCAGGAUGAUGACUAAAAUAUAGUCGGAAAUGACGUCGUUAAGAUGAUGACUAAAAUAUAGUCGAAAUGACGAUCGUCAGGAUGAUGACUAAAAUAUAGUCGAAAUGACGUCAGGAUGAUGACUAAAAUAUAGUCGAAAUGACGUCAGGAUGAUGACUAAAAUAUAGUCGAAAUGACGUCAGGAUGAUGACUAAAAUAUAGUCGAAAUGACGUCAGGAUGAUGACUAAAAUAUAGUCGAAAUGACGUCAGGAUGAUGACUAAAAUGUAGUCGAAAUGACGUCGUCAGGAUGAUGACUAAAUAUAGUCGAAAUGACGUCGUCAGGAUGAUGACUAAAAUAUAGUCGAAAUGACGUCGUCAAGAUGAUGACUAAAUAUAGUCGAAAUGAUGUCGUCAGGAUGAUGACUAAAAUAUAGUCGAAUUGACGUCGUCAGGAUGAUGACUAAAAUAUAGUCGAAACAUAGAUUCAUUAAAGCUACAAAAUGUUAUUCAGAGUUACUGUUUUUUGUAUUUUGCACAAAUGUUUUCACUUUUUCGUCUGUUGUAAAUUCUUGGCUACUGUAUAUGUGUUUAAAUUAUCGAUAAUCCCAUGCUGAUAGUUUCGUGCUUUUGAAAUGAUAAACUCAGUUCUACAACUUCGAUACAGAACAUGCUAGGAUAGCAGUGAUUAUUGUACACUGAGGCAUUGUAAAUAUCCUAUUCCUGUAUAAAGGUUCGUAAUAGUAUGAUAUGAUUUUGUGUUUGAAAGUAAUUUAAUUCAACUACCUUAAUUUAGUCCAUUGACGGACGAGCUGUCAAAACAUAUAAUCUGAAAUGGCUUCGUCAGCAUAUUGGUGUAGUCAGUCAAGAACCUGUGUUAUUUGCCACAACAGUUGCUGAAAAUAUUCGUUAUGGAAGAGAUGAUGCUACUCAGGAAGAAAUUGAAGAAGCAGCAAAGAUGGCGAAUGCACAUGAAUUUAUAUCCGCUAUGCCCAAGGUUGGUGUUAGAUACAACAGCAUACAACUUUUACCUCAA